AUGAGCAGCGCGGAACUGCAAUCGCGAGACGUCGUGAGAGUGCUCACGAAUGAGCACAUCAAGAAGCAAGGUGACAAGACGACAUCGGUGAAGACUGAAGACGUGGCGAAGGCGUUCAGUGCCGAGCGUGAACCUCGCCAGUGUACAUACUGCGGAAAAUUGGGGCACACGGUGGAGCGGUGCUGGACCAAGCAGAAGGACGAAAAUCAAGGAAGAGAUCGACGCGGCGGCAACAAGGCUCGUGGAAGCGGAGCCAACAACGUUCAGUGGCGAACCAACAGCAACUACGACGACGACUACGAUCGAGUUGCGUUCGCAGUUUUCGCUGGAGGCUGGACUUUCGACGGGCAAUAA